AUAAGCAAAAAAUACACAAAUUUCUAGUAAAGAUUGUUUCGUUUUGAACAAAAUGCUCAACUCUAGGCGUUUUAUUUCUGUUUUCGUCAAGCGACUGCGAGUGCUACAAACUAGAAGAACUUUCGUAAGGAUUUCUGUGAGAUCUGGUUUUCAGAUUCAAAAAACGGUGCAAAAUAUUUUGCCAAGAUCUUCUUCGACGUUAUGCUGUACAUCAAAGUUAAAGCUUAAAGAAGGAAGGCGUUUGUUUAGCACAGAUGCUCUUCCAUCUCACAUCCGUGUCCCCCUGCCUGCCCUAUCACCCACAAUGGAGGCGGGGAUGGUAGCCACUUGGUUGAAAGAGGAGGGUGAGAAGCUCGAAGAGGGAGAUGUCUUGGCUCAAAUUGAGACAGACAAAGCGACAAUGGAGUUUGAAACACCUGAGGAAGGAUACCUUGCAAAGAUUGUGGCGCCUGCAGGUUCUAAAGAUGUUCCCGUUGGCAAGCUUGUUUGUAUAAUUGUUGAGAAUGAAGAGGAUAUUGCAGCAUUUAAGGAUUUUGUAGACCAAGAAAGUUCAUUGCCACAGUCAAAUGUUGCUGAAACAUCUCCUCCCCCACCUCCCAUAGCAAGUGCACCCUCACCUCCACCACCAAUAGCAAGUGCAGCUCCUCCACAGAUGCCCUCAGCACCUCCUGCAACAAUCCCCCCCUUACCAUCUCCUUCAGGAGGGAGAGUAUUUGCAAGUCCUCUUGCUAGAAAACUUGCAAGAGAAAAAGGCAUUAAUCUUCCUUCCUUAUCAGGCAGUGGCCCUGAGGGGAGAAUUAUCGCAAGCGAUGUCGAAGCAGGUGUACCAGCAAUGCCAGCACAACCCAUGGCACCACAAGUUACCACUGCUCCAGCUGGAGAAUUCACAGAUAUUCCUCUCUCUAAUGUCAGAAAGAUUAUUGCAAAGAGGUUAACAGAGUCCAAACAAAGCAUACCUCAUUAUUAUUUAUCAGUUGAUAUUCAAAUGGAUGAAAUACUAGGGCUUCGUCAAGAGUUAAACAAGCUGGGAACAGCCAAUUAUAAACUAUCUGUUAAUGAUUUUAUCAUAAAGGCUUCUGCCUUGUCAUGUAAAGAUAUCCCUGAAGCUAACUCAUAUUGGAUGAAUGAAUUUAUUAGACAGAACCAUAAUGUUGAUAUCAGUGUUGCUGUGAGCACAGAAUCUGGUCUGAUCACACCAAUUGUAUAUAAUGCUGAUAAGAAAGGUUUGAAGAAUAUAAACUCAGACAUAACAUCACUUGCUCAGAAAGCAAGAGAAAAUAAACUUCAACCCCAUGAGUUCCAGGGUGGAACAUUUACUGUUUCCAAUCUUGGGAUGUUUGGAGUCAAAAACUUCUCUGCUGUGAUCAACCCACCCCAGUCAUGUAUUCUUGCUGUGGGUCAGACUGAGAAAAGAAUAAUACCAGAUGAAAAUACAGAUCUCGGUUUCACCCAGGCUAUGAUGUUAAGCGUCACAUUGAGUUGCGAUCAUCGUGUUGUUGAUGGUGCUGUUGGUGCGCAGUGGCUACAGCAUUUAAAAUCAUAUCUUGAAAAGCCGGCAACGCUGUUGUUAUAAAACCCAGCAGAUGGUUGUGUUGUGAUAAAGCGACACACCAACUUUUGCUGUAAUGUUGUCUCAUUUAGACUUGACUUGAUAAUUACGAGCCCAGUAUAAAGUAUAAAGGGAUCACAGGGCUAUUUGAUAAAAGAAUUCAAAUAAAUUAAAACAUUAUUUUAUUAUUGUAGGCUUGGUCACACAUUUGUGAUGUAAUCAAAACCUUGUUUCUCAAGCAUGCAAACUACACAUAGACACGCUAUAUUGCUUAGUUUUUGACCUACUAAAACGUAGUCAUUUUCUAAAUUUUCUCUGUUAGAAAUCCAGGUAAAUGAAUGAUUGAACGGAAUCAUUGAACGUAAUGAACUGAGGUGCAGUUUCCAGUCUGACGUUCUUGUCACCCGAAUAUAAAGAGUAGCUGUAC